AUGGUUUUUACAGUGAUCAUUUUCAAUGUCUGUGUGAAAAAUGAAGAAGUGGAACAACAAACUGAACUUAUGUACAAAGAUAAUACAAUAUGGACUGCCGUAUUCACUGCAGAUGAGGAUGCAAUUAAUCGUUUGAUUGAUGCUAAUCCAAAUGUUAUUAUGUCAAGAGGUGCUCUCGGUGAUUGUCCCAUUCAUAUGUUAUUUCUAUAUGGAACAGAUAAACAUUUGAAAAUUGCUCGAAAUCUUAUUAUACGAUUUCCAAUGAUCAUGACGCAAAUUUAUAAUAAACCAAAAUAUUAUGGUGAAAAUAUUCUUCAUAUUGCUAUUGUAAAACGUAAUCUAGAUAUGGUUAAAUGGUUACUUAGUGAUAUUUAUUCCGUAACCAAUCGACAACAAUUAUUAACAGCUACUACAACUGGUGAUUUCUUUAAAAUGUAA